CUGUGGGAAGGCGGUGGCCCUGCCUUCGGUGAGAAGAUGUCCUAUGGAUCCAUCGCUGGCAGUGGUGGCCUGGGGAGCCGCAGCCCUUUCGGGGGACCCUCCAGACAAGGCUAUCAGCCCCUUGGGCCAGGGGUCGCCACUGAAGGCAGCGGGACACCAGAGCCCACCUCGCCGCCCGCCGCCGGCCCGAGGAAGGACUCGGCUGCCGGGGCCCGUGGCCGGAUGGCGGGGCCCAGCGCCGCCCGGGCCAAGAAGAGGAAGCCCAACUUCUGCCCGCAGGAGACGGAGGUGCUGGUGUCCAGGGUCAGCAGGCACCACCAGCUGCUCUUCGGCUCGGGGCUGCCGAGGGCCGAGCCUGCCCGCAGGGGCCGCGUGUGGAGCCGCAUCCUGCAGGCCGUGAACGCGCUGGGCUACUGCCGCCGUGACGUCGUGGACCUCAAGCACAAGUGGCGGGACCUGCGCGCCGUCGUGCGCCGCAAGCUGGGCGAGCUCCGCGGGGCGGCCCCCGGCCCCCGCCAGCCCCAGGCCCUGGCCCUCACGCCCCUGGAGCAGGCGGUGGCCAGGACCUUCUCCUGCCAGGCCCUGCCCCGCGAGGGCUUCGGCCUGCAGCCGCCCAGAGCCACCCAGGUGGAUCCUGGUGAUCUCCAGGAGCUGUUCCAGGAGACGUCUGCCAGCGUCUUCCGAAUCAACUCCAACGUGACCUCCUUGGAGCAGAGCCUCCGGUCCCUGGGGACGCCGAGUGAUACGCAGGAGCUGCGGGACAGCCUGCACUCGGUGCAGCAGGAGACCAACAGCACAGUGGCCGCCAGCACCAGCGCCGUGAAGCAGAUGUCAGAGCUCCUUCGGGGCUGCUCCCGGCAGGAGCGUCUUCAGCUGGACCGCCUGAAAACUCAGCUCUCAGACGCCAUUCAGCGCUACGGAGUGGUGCAAAAGAAAAUUGCAGAGAAGUCCAGAGCACUGCUUCCCACAGCACAGAGGGGUGCCAAACAGCAGAGUCCUGGGACCCCUUUUGCGGAGCUGGCAGACAAUGAGAAGAUCUUUAACGGGAGUGACAGCAUGUGGCAGGGCCAGGAGCAGGCGCUGCUUCCGGAGAUCACUGAGGAGGACCUGGAGGCCAUCCGGCUGCGCGAGGAGGCCAUCCUGCAGAUCGAGAGCGACUUGUUGGAUGUGAAUCAGAUCAUCAAGGACUUGUCCUCUGUGGUGUCAGAGCAAGGAGAUGCCAUCGGGUCCACCAGCAGCAAGGCUACAUGCCGGCAGAGCUCCAGCCCCGAGCCGGCCGUGGUGGCCCUGCUGCCGGGGCCGGGCCGCGUGCCCCUGCGGCCGGGCCCCCACUCGCGCACCAAGACGCGCAAGCCGAACUUCAGCCCGCAGGAGACAGAAGUGCUGGUGCAGAGGGUGACACGCCACUACCCACUGCUGUUCGGGGCGCUGCGUGGCACGCCUGCCCGGAAGCACCGCGUGUGGAGCAAGAUCCUGCAGGCUGUGAACGCGCUGGGCUACUGCCGCAGGGACCUGGGCGACCUCAAGCACAAGUGGCGCGACCUGCGUGGGGUGGUGCGCAAGAAACUGGCAGAGUGCCCACGUGCCCCGGCCGAGGGCAGCCCGGCCCCUGGCCUCCUCCUCACACCCGUGGAGCGCAUGGUGGCCGAGACCUUCUCAGCCCCGGCACCCCCAGGCGAGAGCCAGGCUGCCGAGCCCCUGCCAACCGACGAGGAGGACGAGGCCCACGAGGCCCCCAGCUGCCUGUGGCUGCCCCUGCGGACUCUGGAUGGGCCGAGCCUGCCCGAGCCCGACCCCCUGGACCUCCGAGGAGCCUUCCCCGCCCCCACCUCCUCACCCUCCCCACCUGCCUCCCCGGCCUCGGCGCCCCCGGCAGCCGCGUUCCCGGGGCCUUUCCGGCCCUCCCCGCCUUCCUCUGCACUCCCCCAGCCCUCCGGGAGGCCGGUGGUGGCUGAGGCGUCCGAGUUCGAGCGGCGGCUGCUGGAUUUCCAUCGGCGGCAGGGUGGCCUGCUCUCCUCCUGGUCCCAGCAGCAGAGUGCACUGAUGGCCCAGCAGAACCUGCUGCUGCGGCGGCUGGCCGAGCAGAGCCAGCGGCUAGCAGACGGCGUCGAGGCCCUCAACCGGACCCUCAAGAGGCUGGUGGAGGCCCGCCCCUCCCGGGGAGCCUCCCCCACAGUCCCAGACAGCACCCCUGCCGGCGGAGAGGCCCAGGGGCCCUCCAGAGGCUCCCAGAGCAGCCCCCAGGGCACCCACCCAGGCCUGGAGGUCUUCUCAGGGAUGAUUCUGAAGGUGGAGGAGGAGCUCUAGGGUCUGGGCCCCGGAGGUCACAGGCGGGGCAGAGAUGCCAGGCCUCCUCCUAAGGGGGGCUGGGGGAGAGGUGGGCA